CGCCCCACCCACAGCGCGAGCGCCACCGGAGACCGGUCAGGGACGCGGCAGAAAAAUGGAUGAGUCCUCAGAAACAGCUCUGGUCGAAUCCUUAGGACAUGGAAACAUAGCCGCACCCCCAAAUGUUGACCCCACUAAUGACCAGGAAGAAGAAAAUCAGGAAGACCAGGCUGAUAAUGAUGCUGAUUAUUCAGCUAAUUCCACAACACAUGAUCAGGCUGACGACCCAGGAUCUACUCAACAGACCAGCUAUGAAACAGUACCCAAUCAAGAUGAUAUGGAUGAGUAUGGACAGAUUGAACACCAGGUGUCUGGCCUGGCUAAUAGAAAGACUUCUCAACAAGCGGAACGAAAAUUGUCUAAACAGGCUGAGAGAAGAACCUCUGAACAGACUGAUCGCAGGAUGUCCAUGUCUUCUGACGGAAGGCCUUAUGAGCAGACUGAGCGCAGGAUGUCCAAGUUGGCUGACCCAAGUCCUUCUGGGCAGACUGACCACAGGAUGUCAGUGUCAUCUGACCGAAGGGCCUCUGAACAGACUGACCGCAAGUUGCCCAUCCAAGUUGAGAGAAGAUCCUCAGAGCAGAAUGACCGCAGGUUGUCCAGCCAGGAUGAGAGAAGAUUCUCGGAGCAGACUGACCGCAGACUGUCCAGCCAAGCUGGGAGAAGAACCUCGGAGCAGGCUGACCGCAGACUGUCCAGCCAAGCUGGGAGAAGAACCUCGGAGCAGGAGGACCGCAGACUGUCCAGCCAAGCUGGGAGAAGAACCUCUGAGCAGGAGGACCGCAGGUCAUCCAGCCAGACUGAGAGAAGAGCCUCUGAAGAGGCUGAGCACAGGUUGUCCAGCCAGGUGGAGACAAAGUCCUCUGAACAGGCUGAGCAUAGAUUGUCCAUUGUAGCAGAGAGAAGAGCUUCUGAACAUGAUGAAACCAGCUCUUUCAUGCAAUCUGACCAAAGAAAGUUUGAACAAAUUGACAGCAGUUCAUCUGACCAGGCUGAAAAAACUUUUGAGCAUUCUGAGCACAAAUUUUCUAACCUGGAUGACCAAGAAAUAUCUGAACAAACUGAAGAAAAUUUGUUGACUCCAUUACGGAGAACUUCUGAGCACACUAACCAGGCAAUAUCUGACCAAGAUGAUCACAAACCAUCUCACCACCAGGUGAAUGAUGGAGCCACUGAACUAGAUGAGCAACAGGCUGCUGACCAAGCUGACAGCUACACUGAUCUUGCUGUUGACAAGGUUGACUACAUGGAAUUUGACCAGGUUGACUAUUUAAUGGACAAGCAGUCUGAUGACCAAGAAGACUAUCUAUCUUCCCCUAGAUCAUUUGGCCAAUAUGAUGACAGAGUAUUACCCCAGUUCAGUGAUAGCAAACAUUACACCGACACCGAGGACAGAAUACAACCCUGCACAUUUGAGGAUAGCCAAACAAAACUCCAUUCCAAUACUUCCGUUGAAACAGAAACUGAAAGCACUGUCCAAGCUCAAGACCUAACAGAUAUCAUGUUUACUGGUAAUUUCCCAGCAAAAGAUGAAGACUUUGACCAAACAUACCCCUCUGCCUCAUCCAAAUAUGAUGAUAGCACCAGCCAAGAAAACGUUCAAUCCAUAGACAUCAAUGCUCAUAUGAAGAUCCUUAUGAAGUUUCACUCCAAUACAUGGAGAAACAUCACAUUCUACAAAUAUUUCAGAAAAUCACUGAAAACUUAGUCUAUGAGAAACCAGAAGACCCUUUGAAUUUCAUGCUGUGCCAGGUACAGGAAAUGAUGAAAAACAGAGGCAAAAUAUGAAACUACAAAGAAUGAAUCUCUUUUCAGUAUGGUCUACAACCAUAAGUGUCAACAAUAUGCUGUGUUUCCCAUUCUGUAAAAUGAUUUCUGAAUAAGCA